AUGAAGGGUCCUAUUUCUUCCUGGGCCGUGGCCCUCUCGCUGGGCGCGCAGUCCGUCCUCGCCGCCCCUUCCACCAGCUCGACCAACGUCAAGCGGGACAGCGAUAUCACCCCCAUCACCGUCAAGGGUAACGCCUUCUUCAAGGGUGAUGAGCGCUUCUACAUCCGUGGUGUCGACUACCAGCCCGGUGGUUCCUCCAAGUUGGCCGACCCCAUCGCCGAUGCGGAGUCCUGCAAGCGCGACAUCAAGAACUUCAAGGACCUCGGCCUCAACACCAUCCGUGUCUACUCGGUCGACAACUCGGCCGAUCACGAUGAGUGCAUGAAGGCCCUCGCCGAUGCGGGUAUCUACCUGGUGCUCGACGUCAACACCCCCAAGUACUCCCUGAACCGUGCCAACCCCGGUCCCUCGUACAACGACGUCUACCUGCAGUACAUCUUCGCAACCGUCGACAAGUUCGCCCGCUACGACAACACCCUCGCUUUCUUCUCCGGUAACGAGGUCAUCAACGACGGUCCCUCCUCCACGGCGGCCCCCUACGUCAAGGCCGUCACUCGUGACCUGCGCAACUACCUGCGUGAGCAGAAGCUGCGCCAAGUGCCCGUCGGUUACUCCGCCGCGGAUGUCGACACCAACCGCCUGGAAAUGGCCGAGUACAUGAACUGCGGUUCCGACGAGGAGCGCUCCGACUUCUUCGCCUUCAACGACUACUCCUGGUGCGACCCCUCGGACUACAAGACCUCGGGCUGGGACCAGAAGGUCAAGAACUUCACCGGCUACGGUCUGCCCCUCUUCCUGUCCGAGUACGGCUGCAACACCAACAAGCGUCAGUUCCAGGAGGUUGCCGCGCUGUACGACACCAAGAUGACCGGUGUCUACUCGGGUGGUCUGGUCUACGAGUACUCUCAGGAGGACAGCAACUAUGGUCUGGUGGAGAUCAAGGGUAACAACGUCUCGCCCCUGUCCGACUACAAGGCCCUCAAGGCAGCGCUGGACAAGACCGCCAACCCCACUGGUGAUGGCAAUUACAACAAGACCGGCGGUGCCAACCCCUGCCCCAAGAAGAACUCUCCCAACUGGGACGUCGAUGCCUCCGGUUCCCUGCCCACCACCCCCAAGCCUGCCGAGAAGUACCUCAAGGACGGUGCCGGUAAGGGUGCUGGUUUCAGCGGCAAGGGCUCCCAGUGGGCUGGCACUCCUUCCAGCUCCAACACCACCGGUGACGGUUCCAGCUCCAGCUCCGGCUCUUCUAGCUCCGGCUCUUCGACCUCGGGCGCCGCCGGUACCACUUCCUCCGGUGCUGCCGCUGGUCUGGUCAAGCCCUUCACGGUCAGCAUGGCUCCCGUUGCCGUCAGCCUGGUGACUGUGGUGUCCACCCUGUUCGGUGCCAGCUUCAUCCUGCUGUAA